GAUUAGAUUUGUGACGUAACUACUUGCGGUAGAUAACCGAACGAUAACCGAGAGGAAGAAAAUUUUGGAAAUCAAACCUUAUAAUAAGUGAUUUUGUGAACUUUUCGUUUAUUAUUCGUGUUAUUUUAUUGUUCGUUUAAUACAUGUGUGUCUCUCCAUGUCUGUGAAAUUCUCCCGGUAUAAACCAACGUUUGGAGCCGAUACUUGUUUCCUUGAUCUUCUCACAUAACCUGUAGCUCAGAUUUAUCAUCCAAGCUCACCUCUAAUCUAAUAUCAUGAGUUUCUUUGGAUUUGGUCAGAGUGCUGACAUCGAUAUAGUUCUGGAUGGCACAGAAAACAGGCAGCGUGUUGGCGUUAAGACUGAAGAUGGGAAGAAGGAAGGUUAUCUAGUGUAUUAUGAUGGCGAAAGUGUCAGCGGAAAGGUUAACAUCACUCUGAAAAAACCUGGUUACAAGCUUGAACAUCAAGGUAUCAAGAUCGAAUUCAGUGGUCAAAUUGAACUUUACUACGAUAGAGGGAAUCAUUAUGAAUUCACAUCAUUGACUAAAGAGCUAGCUCGCCCUGGAGAGCUGACUCAAAACACGAGUUACCCUUUUGAGUUCCUGAAUGUGGAGAAACCUUUUGAAUCAUAUACUGGUUCAAAUGUUCGCCUUAGGUAUUUAUUAAGAGUUACAAUCGUUCGGCGAAUCUCAGACACAGUCAAGGAAUUAGACUUAGUUGUUCACACUCUCUCCUCAUAUCCAGAUAUGAACAACAGUAUUAAAAUGGAAGUUGGAAUUGAAGAUUGCCUUCAUAUUGAAUUUGAGUAUAACAAGUGCAAGUAUCAUCUGAAAGAUGUCAUUGUUGGAAAAAUUUAUUUUCUUCUUGUAAGAAUCAAACUAAAGCAUAUGGAAAUAGCAAUCAUCAAAAAAGAGACCACUGGUACUGGAGCCAAUAUGUUCACUGAGAGUGACACCAUAGCCAAGUAUGAGAUAAUGGAUGGUGCUCCCGUUCGCGGAGAAAGUAUUCCAAUCAGAGUAUUUCUUGCAGGUUAUGAGCUCACACCAACCAUGAAGGAUAUAAAUAAGAAAUUCUCUGUUAAAUAUUAUUUAAAUCUAGUUUUAAUGGAUGAAGAAGAUAGACGCUAUUUCAAACAACAGGAAAUAACACUGUGGAGGAAAGGUGAAAAAGCCCAUAGCCAAGCAACCAAUCAUCAACCAUCUCACUUAGUAUCAAAAGAAGGAGGUCCCAAAGGUUCCGAACCCAUGCAGAGGGUGCCUGAACCCUCUGACCCGCCUGUAGAAGAAAUGAAAAGAGAGGUCAAUUCACCACCUCUUUCUUCACCACCAGAGAUCUUUCCUGAUGAAUGAUGAGGUUCACAAAGGAAAGUUUCCUCAGAAAAUAUUACCUCUUUUGGACGAAGAUCACACAAAAUCUCUUAACUUUGAUGUUAGAAUAGUUUUUCGGUUUACACAGCUUUUUCUAGUUUCCAUUUCAUCCCUUAAUUAUUAUCCCAAGGUAAUUCUUUUUCCUUCAAUGUAAAUUUGUUUUAUCGAGUUCUGAUUUUUUAUCCCUUUCUUAAGUUUGAUUGCAGAAACCGGGAAAAAUUCUUCUAUGCUUCCCUUUUUUCCUUGUCCUUACUUUUUUUCAUCAAAAUCAAGAAUAAACUGCUUCUGAUUCUCAGAAAACAAGUCGCCAGAUUUCAGAGAAAUUUUGAUGCAUUGAAUUUAAUUAUUGCCCUUAGUUCCUUCUUUGUUUUUCUUUUCACUGAAUAGUUUUCAGUUAACGAAUUACCAUUGGGGCAUUGAUUAAAACUUCGGCCAGCCAAGAAAAUCUGUAUUUCUGUGCCAUAAAGUUGUUAUUUAUUUUUAUUAUCUCAAAACAUACAUAAAAAAUUCAUGAUUUUGAAAGACUAAAUUAGAAUAUAAGAAUGCUCAGAAACUUUUUUCCAACUCUUGUUUUUUUAGUGCCUCUGAAGGUGGAGAGAAGUAAAUUUAAUACUGUCCAGUUACAGGUAUGCCAACACUUGAGUUCAAAACCCAUUUUAGAGUUGCAUACAAGAUUCAAUCUCCAAUUUAAAUCCUUUGAACGAAAUUAGUUUUUCCAACGUCUUCUUUUGUGGAUAGCGCCUUUUUUGGUGAAGAAUAUGUUCGAUCCACCACAUUAAGGCCUUCAUACAGUAUUUACUCCAUAAAGACAUUUGAAGGCUAAUUAUAUGUGAGUUCCCAGCAAGGCUUAUCUCUAAUUUUUCAUGUUCUUCUCUCAGAGGUUCUGUGAAAAAGCAAGAUUGCAUGAUGGGGCAUAAUCAUUUUUCAAUGGCAGACAAAAAUGCUGGUUUGUCCCUUGAAAAGUUGUAGAAAAUCUCCUUGUUUAGGAAUUAACAAAUUGUUCCCUCAGCUACUGCUUAUUCCAAUCAUUGCAAGGGAAAAUGAUUGGCGCUCUCCCAAAAUCCUUGAUGUAACGGGUCAUCAUCUUCAAAAUGCACUAAUUUCCUCUAUACGAAUAUUCUUCAUUCCAUUUCCUCUCUCCCCAUUUUUGAGAUUUGACCUUGCACUGAAGAAAAUAUAACAUUUCAAUGCAGACUUAAGAUUAUGGAGCCACCUUAUUUAAUUGAAAAUCAUGUAUAUUCUAGUUUCAAUGUUAACAGACUUUAUGUGCUUUAAUAUUUAACUCUGUUAUUAAAGAAUUGUCUGAGAAAUAUCGAUGUGCAAUGACAGAUCUGAACGCUAUCUAAAUCUCGCUCCUGGCUUUUUUUCCCACAACCUCUGAAAAUUUUUUCUGGUUUCUUUCUUUUUUCAAGAUGAAACAUGUGCUUCCAUUUCGAUCAUGGAAGAUGUAACUAGAUAUUGUUAGUGACUACUCAGUAAAAUCAUCACUAAGAUGAGUAAAAUUUCAACAAGAGUGCCCCCAAAUAAAAGUUGAUUUGUUGAUUUCUUAAUGAAGAAAUGUCCCUUUUUCCCUAACAACUGUCCAAAGGAUCUGUUCAUAAAAUGUGCAAGUAACGCUAAAUUUCAUAUUUUUUUUACCUUCCUCCCUUUUCGUUACACUUCUGUGACACGAGUCCUUAUCACACGGAAAUCAUGGAGUAACGCUAUCCUUGAGCACUGUCUAAAGCGUUACAUAUUUCAUGAACAAUACAGUAGUAAGUAUAAAACAUACUGAGACAAUAUGAUAGGCCAAUAGACAUAUAUUCAGUCAUUGUGUGAUGUACAUUAUAAGUAGUCCUUUCAACAUUUUGUCUAGAGGAAGAUGCAUGAGAUGGAUGAUUCUGAAAUCAGUCUCCAGGCAAGGUGAAAUGUAUAAUAUAAUAUAGGUUUAAUGUAAUUUGAUGAAUGGCGUCAUUGGCCUUCCAUUUGAUCAACACCAAAAGUUAUCUUGAAGAGGAAUAAGUAUCCUAACUUUUCAUGAUAUGCAUAGUUUUUUUUAAGUUAUGCAUGUUACUACCUGCAUAUUUUAGGUUAAUUGGUUCAUAAACGUACUUUCCAGUUUUAAUUUUCAUGAAAAAAAGGAGAAAAACUUACACCUCUCUUUGAUGUUUUUCUUAAUUGCAUGAAACGAACAAAGGGAAAAAGAGGAAGAAAAAAUUACUGUGGUGCGAGAAAAGAUAUCCAAUUUCAUUGAUGUGAUUAUCUAGCUCAACUUAUCUAUUUCGUUACUCUCUACUAGUAUAAACUAUUAAUCAGCUUUGAUGACUGACUGUCGGCCUAUAAAUUUUAAAAGGCUAAAGUGGAAAUGGAAUUUUGAUCAUGCUGAUUUUUUUUCUAAUAUCUCUAAUUUUUUAAUUCUCCAAAGUAAAUUAUUUGUGGUCGUUGUAUCUAGAUUAAUGACCUGGUCAGUUUUUUCCUAUGAAUAUCAAUCCAUCUCUCUUUAUUCUGGCUCCCGACCAAUCGUGUUUGGCCACUAUAUAUAUUUAAAAUAAUGCAUCAAAAUCGGUACUUUCUGUUUGGACAGUCUCUGUGCUUUUAGCAACUUGAAUUGAGACAACUAUCUUAUUAUAAAUAUUGUGAUUGAUCAGAAAAAAUCCAAGAAACUGUAAAAUGUGUAUAUUAUAUUAAUUUAAGUUUUAGUUCUAAUAAAUAUGUUUGAGUUCAGUGGCACAAUUCCUAAUUUUUCAAUGAACUCUUUUUUUUUUUUUUUUUUUUUAAUUGAGAAUCCUACCCUGUAUUGAAUGUUCAUCAGUUUUUCUUUCUUUUUCUACAAUGUAAUAGUAGUGAAGAAUUAAUAACUGUUUAAUUUUACACCGCCAUUUUUAGUUCAUUCAUCAUUGUCAGCGUAUUUUCCCAAGGAAACGCACCCUAGAAUUUUUUCAAAUCAAUUCAUCAAGUGCUGCAGCAGUUGAUGACAGCUGAGUCCAUGAACUGUAACCUAAUAAUAGUGUUACUUUCAAUGUUAGAAUGAAUGGAAAUAGAUUUUCAUUUCAUGCAAAAGCUCUGCUUUAAUCUGACUCUUAGACAUGGGUUUCUAAUAUUUUAUUUCAAUUCAAUUUUCCCAGUUGUCAUAAAAUUAACCAAGUGAUAAUGUGUAAUAGAAAAUAUAGUUGAAGUCACUGUUGCUUCUUGUUUAUAGGCAGUUUUCUUCAUUCCUUAGUCUAAUUUUCUGCCAUGACGAUUCAAAUCAUUAGAAGACUUUUCAGUGAUAGAACAAAUUAAGUUUAAAACUUAUUAAUUGCUCAUUAAAAUCAGGGAGUUUUUCUCAAAUGUUGAAUCCGUCACGUUGUCAGGUGGGAUCCUACAAUUUCUCUAAUGGGGCGUGGCUGUCACAAAUAACUUUUCCCCCUGCUGUAUUUUGCUGGCCUCAAAAGGUCUCAUUUAUCUGAACGUUUUGAGGGGCUGUUCAUAAAUCGUGUCUAACUUUGGGGGGGGGGGGGAGUUUUGCACCACAAUGAUACAAGAAAGAAAUGCGCUAGGAGCAAUGCUUGAUAGUGUGCAAAAAUCAGUGUCAAGAGAUUUUGUAAAUUUGUAUGCAAUUUUGGUCAAGAAAUGUGUGACGACUGCGUAUUCUUCACAUCAAAAGAGGGGAUACCAAGCAUGCAUACCAUUAUCCUUUGAGUUACAGCUCAAACGUGCAAGAGAAUGAGUGAUAAGAGGAGGAAGGUAAAUCCCAAAUGUCAAGUUUAAUUGUAACAAAAUGAAUUGCUCCUAAAUGGGCACUCAUUAAUUCAAGACUGAACGGACUGAGGAUUUCUUUGAAGUAAAGAGGUUGUGAAUUUGGAGAAUUUUGAUUCAUUGAGAUAGGUUCUUAAGAAAAUUCAAAUUAGACAGAUUUUGAAAUUGGUCCUACAAAUUAAAACAGGGUGACCAAUCGCUCUGCUCCUAUUUCUAAAUCACACAAUUUGUUACGUAACUCAAAAGAGGCAUUGCCACCACCUGUAUUACAUGAUUACGCUGUUUGUGUGGAUUAGUGUGGUUAUAAACAGAAGUUCGGUCAUUCCUGUUGCUAAUUUCACCAAUCUGCAUUUAAAUAGAGUUUUUAAAAUCCUUCCAAAUUAUGGAGCAUCCUGUUCUGCCAGUUUAAGUUUGUCUAAGUUAAGUCUGCCAAGUUUAAAGUAUGGAGUGCUUGGUCCUGAUGUCAAUUUACUAAAUGUUAUCUUCAUGCCUUUUUGAAUCAUGGAUCUGAAGCACUGGCCGACUAAAAUCCAAAUAUUUUGAUAGCCAAAUAAUUGAUUUCUCAUUUAAAUUUAAAUUUUCAAAACUAAGCCUGAUUUCUUCUUUAUUUACACUGAUUUUUCUUCGCGGACUAACUUCUCCUCUCUACCAUUGAGAUUUUUGAAUGAAAGAGCUUUGAUUUAUCGAGCGCCCAAUAUCAUUGUAAAAUGCCAAUUAAAGUUUUAUUCUAUAACUUCAUCUUCUUCAAAAGUUUUCUCUUCCGCAUUUUUAGCAAUAAAAGAUCUUAAGCACAUUGUUAAUUUUAUUUAGUUGAAAAUGUUGGUCUUCUGUAUCCUUUCCUUUUCUUUGAUGUUGAAUUUUUUAAAUGUUUGAUGGUUGUUACAAAAUAAUUUUAUCUGCAACCAUGCACAGUGUUUUUUAACAAAAAACUAUUUAUGUUUUUUUUUUUCUUUUCAGAAGAUCUUUUAUCUGCUCUAACAGAGAAUGCCAUCCUGGCAAGAGGGCUUUGCUCCUGUUUGGUCUUUCAUUCAAAAGUAUUGGUUAUUAGAAGAUGCUUGUACCCCAAAUCCUAGUCUUUUAUUUUUUCUCACAUUGUAUAUGUGUUUCAAAGCCCAACUGAAAACUGGUCAAUUUUAAACGAUGACUCAAAAAAUAAAUGAGAGAAAUUAUCUCAUGUAAUGAAAGACAGAAAUUACAUUAUUAUAGAUAAUAUACAUUUCUAGGUAAAGGGCGGAUUUGCUAAAGAUUACUUUUGCUAUCCUCGUGCUAAGUGAAGAAUUUUUAUUGUCCAACCACCAUUAAGAUGUCUCAAUCAAGUGCCUAGCAUCAUGAAGCUUCAUGCUAUUAGAGUUUCGGGAUUUUCGAAAGGUCCAGCUUUUCAUUGAGAGAAUAUAGAGGGUAACUUGAAAAGUGUAAGUGAAAAGGAACUGAUUUCAUUACUGUAUUCAAUGCAAGUAUACAUGUAAUCUUCAACCCUUAUUAUACAUAUGUAUCAUAAACAGAGAUGUAUCUAUUCUUAUAAUGUACUAUGUUAUACGAUUAUAAAUUUUUAUAACUAAUAUACAUCUAUUAAAAAGAAA